AGGGAGCAGCGGGCGGGCUCUGUCAGGUGGCGUCCAACAUGGCUUCCUCGUGCCCGGAGCCCGCCGCCGUGCGGGGCUGCUGAGGGUUUUCGGGGCGGUGGCAGUCCCGGUCCCGGUCCCAUCAUGCAGAAGAUCAAGUCGCUGAUGACCCGCCAGGGUCUAAGAAGUCCUCAGGAGAGUGUUCAUGACCUCAGUCCUAUUGAAAGCUUUCGGAUUCCUAGUAAGGAGGACCUCAGAGAACUACGUGAAGAACCAACUGAUCCUCAAGCUCAGCAAGAAAUAAUUAACAGCAUUGAAGAAGUUUAUUUUUCCAAUGAUUCCUUUGAUAUUGUGAAGUAUGAGUUAGAGAGGCUUCCUCCAGUACUUAGUCUUCAAGAACUGGAAGAGUACAGAGACAAAUUAAAACAACAGCAAGCUGCUGUAUCUAAAAAAGUUGCAGACUUAAUUCUUGAGAAACAGCCUGCAUAUGUUCAGGAACUUGAACGUGUUACAUCAUUGCAGACUGGCCUUCAGUUAGCAGCUGUUAUUUGCACAAAUGGAAGAAGACACCUGAAUAUAGCAAAGGAAGGCUUCACGCAAACUAGUUUGGGGCUUCUUGCGAACCAAAGGAAACGACAGUUGCUUAUUGGACUGCUGAAGUCUCUGAGAACAAUAAAAACACUGCAAAGAACUGAUGUGCGUUUGAGUGAGAUGUUGGAGGAAGAAGACUAUCCAGGAGCUAUUCAGCUGUGUUUGGAAUGCCAGAAAGCUGCCAGCACUUUCAAGCAUUACAGUUGUAUAAGUGAAUUGAAUUCAAAACUGCAAGACACCUUGGAACAAAUAGAGGAGCAAUUGGACGUAGCACUCUCCAAAAUAUGUAAGAACUUUGAUAUCAGUCAUUACACAAAGGUUCAGCAGGCUUACAGGCUGCUUGGAAAAACACAGACAGCAAUGGACCAGUUACAUAUGCACUUCACUCAGGCCAUUCACAACACUGUGUUUCAAGUAGUCCUUGGAUACGUGGAGCUGUGUGCAGGAAACACAGACACCAAAUUUCAGAAGUUACAGUACAAAGACCUCUGUACACAUAUUACUUCAGACAGCUACAUUCCAUGCCUUGCUGAUCUCUGCAAAGCCCUCUGGGAAGUCAUGCUCAGUUACUACCGAACGAUGCAGUGGCAUGAGAAUCAUGACCAAGAUGAGGAAGCAGCUGUGUCUUCUGUUUCAGAUGGCAGCAAUGUGAUUGGAACUGAAGAGAACAGUUUUGACCGCAGCUAUGUGAAAAAAAAAUUGGAACAUGGGCUUUCACGAAUAUGGCAGGAUGUUCAACUGAAAGUGAAAACAUAUCUUCUGGGAACAGAUCUGUCUAACUUCAAAUACGAUGACUUCAUAUUUGUACUUGAUGUUAUCAGCAGGCUUAUGCAAGUUGGAGAAGAAUUUUGUGGCAGUAAGUCUGAAGUUUUGCAAGAAUCUAUCAGAAAACAGAGUGUUAACUAUUUCAAAACGUACCACAGAACCCGUCUUGAAGAAUUAAGAAUGUUUUUGGAGAAUGAGACUUGGGAACUUUGUCCUGUUAAAUCAAGCUUUAGUAUUCUGCAGCUUCAUGAAUUUAAGUUCAUGGAGCAGUCACGUUCCCCGUCUGUGUCACCUAGUAAGCAGCCUGCUUCAGCAAUUUCCACAGCAGUAACCUUAUUUGAGCAGUACUGUAACGGAGGAAACCCAUUUGAAAUUCAGGCUGACAGCAAAGAUGAUGAGACAGAAGAUGUGUUAGCUUCCAAUGGGUAUGAAUCAGACGAGCAAGAAAAAAGCGCAUAUCAAGAGUAUGAUAGUGACAGUGAUGUUCCCGAAGAGUUGAAAAGGGAUUAUGUGGAUGAGCAGACGGGAGAUGCCCCUGUGAAAAGUGUUUCUCGAGAAACUCUGAGGAGCAGAAAGAGAUCAGAUUAUAACCUCAAUAAAGUGAAUGCACCUAUCCUAACAAACACUACACUGAAUGUAAUAAGGCUUGUUGGGAAAUAUAUGCAGAUGAUGAAUAUUCUGAAACCAAUUGCAUUUGAUGUGAUCCACUUCAUGUCCCAGCUCUUCGAUUACUAUCUGUAUGCAGUCUAUACAUUUUUUGGCCGAAAUGACACGCUCAUACUGAGUUCAUCACUCUCUACUUCUAACAGAGAACAGCACAGUGCUAGGCAGUUUGAAUCAACAGGACUAGGCCUCAGUAGCAGCAGAUUACGCACCACACUGAACAGAAUCCAGGAGAGUCUGAUUGAUCUGGAGGUAUCUGCUGAUCCCACAGGAACUCUCACAGCUGCUGAAGAGAGAAAGGAGAAGGUGCCGAGCCCACAUCUCAGUCAUCUCGUAGUUUUGACAUCUGGCAAUUCGCUAUACGGUUUGGCAGAGAGAGUGGUAGCCACAGAAUCCUUGGUAUUUCUGGCAGAGCAGUUUGAGUUUCUUCAGCCUCAUCUUGAUGCAGUGAUGCCAGCUGCCAAGAAGCCUUUUCUUCAGCAGUUCUAUUCUCAGACAGUAUCAACUGCCAGUGAACUACGUAAACCAGUUUAUUGGAUUGUUGCUGCUAAAGCCAUUGAUUAUGAACAAAUGCUGCUUCUCAUGACUAAUGUGAAAUGGGAUGUGAAGGAAAUCAUGUCACAACACAAUAUAUAUGUCGACGCUCUUUUAAAGGAAUUUGAAGAAUAUAACAGAAGGUUGAACGAAGUGUCCAAGAGAGUCCGUAUUCCACUGCCAGUCUCCAACAUCCUUUGGGAGCACUGCAUACGCUUGGCCAAUAGAACUCUCGUGGAAGGUUAUGCCAAUGUAAAGAAGUGCAGCAAUGAAGGACGUGCCUUGAUGCAACUGGACUUUCAACAAUUCUUAAUGAAACUAGAAAAGUUAACAGACAUUAGGCCUAUCCCAGAUAAAGAAUUUGUGGAGACCUACAUUAAAGCAUACUACCUAACAGAGAAUGACAUGGAACGCUGGAUAAAAGAACAUAGGGAAUAUUCCACUAAGCAGUUGACCAAUCUGGUGAAUGUUUGUCUGGGCUCCCACAUCAACAAAAAGGCAAGACAGAAGCUGCUAGCUGCUAUUGACGACAUAGACAGGCCUAAAAGAUAACUGGAGAAAGCUGCUUUCCUUGUCACUUGUACAUUUUUCUGUUCAUGUGAAGCAUGCAGACAAAUCUCUCAUGGACUAAUGACAACAUGCUCUUAAAAAACAUUGCGCAUGACCUUUCUUACCAGGAUUGGAGGCACUCUGAAGUGGCGUAAUGCUCUAAAAUAUGACUUUUCUAAUCUGUAGAAUUCUUUUCUGUUGUAUUUCUUCUUUUUUUUUCUUUUUUUCUGUUUUUUUGUUACUUGCCCUUAGUAAAGGGCCACUGUUUCUGUAUCAUUGGUGAGCUGUAUAUUUUGCAAAACUCUAUACUGUAAGUAAAAUCAAAAUCAGAGAGAAACACGUUGGUUUAAUAUAUAGUUGAUGCCCUUUUUAAUAAAAGGGCUACUUGAAAAUAUGAUUUCUUUCCUCCCUGCUUUCAUCCUCAGAAAUUGUGCUUUAUUAUGGACCAGUGUAAAAUGAAAGGAAAUGUACAAUAUUUGAUUGAUGUAUCUUGCAUGUGGAUUAAGAGUGCAGAUCAACUAAAUACUCUCAUAUUAAAGCCUCUCAUCUUCAUGUGUAUUUAAAAAUGUCUGUUUAUUUCAGAAUUAAUUUAGUCAUAUCAAAAUGCUUGACUUCAGAUUAAUAGAAGGUAAUAAAUACUGUACACU